AGAGGAGGGGGCUGCCUCGGAGAAUGCCCGGCGCCGGCUUACCGCUCCUAGGCACGGGCUGAGCCGGACCCGGAGCGGGCGGCGCGUCGCCAUGCCGGUGUGACGGGCGCCCCCGGCUGCCCGCGCGGUCCUCCGCGCUGCCCCACGCCGCGCCGCGCCGGCGCCGGGCGGCAGGAUGGGCUGUAUCCAAAGCAUUACCUGCAAGGCGCGGAUCCGGCGCGAGAACAUUGUGGUGUACGAUGUGUGCGCCACCAUCGACCAGUGCCCCACGCGCAUCGAGGAGACCUCGCCCAUCGUCCUGCGCUACAAGACCCCCUACUUCAAAGCUUCGGCCCGCGUGGUCAUGCCCCCCAUCCCCCGCCACGAGACCUGGGUGGUGGGCUGGAUCCAGGCGUGCAACCAGAUGGAGUUCUUCAACACCUACAGCGACCUGGGCAUGUCAAGCUGGGAACUGCCUGACUUGAGGGAAGGGAGAGUAAAAGCCAUCAGUGACUCAGAUGGGGUGAGCUACCCUUGGUACGGGAACACCACAGAAACUGUGACCCUGGUUGGCCCCACCAACAAGAUCUCCAGGUUCUCCGUCAGCAUGAAUGACAAUUUCUACCCCAGUGUGACAUGGGCAGUGCCAGUGAGUGACAGCAAUGUGCCACUGCUCACGAGGAUCAAGAGGGACCAAAGUUUCACUACCUGGCUGGUGGCCAUGAACACCACCACGAAAGAGAAGAUCAUUCUGCAGACGAUCAAGUGGAGGAUGAGGGUGGACAUUGAGGUGGACCCUCUUCAGCUCUUGGGGCAACGGGCCCGGCUGGUGGGCAGGACUCAGCAGGAGCAGCCCCGGAUCCUGAGCCGGAUGGAACCUAUCCCCCCCAACGCACUAGUGAAACCCAAUGCCAACGAUGCCCAGGUCCUCAUGUGGAGGCCCAAGCGGGGGCCACCUCUGGUUGUGAUCCCUCCUAAGUAGAAGCAGACUGGCCUGACUGUGUGUGGAGCACACGCCACUGAGACACACAGUGAGGUUGCCAGGGGUGGCAGGAGCCAAACUGAGUUUCUGAGCCAAAGCAGACCUCGUGGUUUGCCAGCCUUUGCAGCCACUUGUGAAGAGUAGAGCUGCUCCUUGGGUGGUACAACCAUAAUCCUUAGGAAAAAUCCCUUCCUUUUAGGAAUAAAGAAAUCACUGAUUUGACAGACUUGCUGUGAUUACCAUGCAAGUAGCCAUAUUUUGGAGCUGACCAGGAUGAUUCUUUGAACUAUUGACCAUUUCUUUCCUGUGAGAUGCAGGGGAUGGAAACAAAAGUAAACAGUGCCUGUGGCAAAUGCUGCUUCCCAACCAAUUAGAAGUGGGAGUGAAAACAUCCACACCAGGUGUUUGUCACCUAGUAGGACAAGGCACACCCAGGAGCAGAACCACAUGGCAGAGACUAAAGAGGACGAAAUGAGCGAUGGCUGGUGGCUCCAGAAGCUGAAGCCCUGGACAGAUGAUUUCCCAUUAAAAUGGGUGCCAUCCUACCUGUCUCCUCGCCAUCCUCCCAUCCCCUCAUCCCAUGACCUGUACCCCUCCCACCCCACCACGUGCCAUGCAGCAGUCUCCAUGGGCUAGCUGGCUGGCUGGUUGGCUCCUGGGGAGCUGUGUUAAAGUGAGAGUUGUGCCUGCUGUAUCUUUUUUUUUUUUUUUUUUUUUUUUGCGGUACGCAGGCCUCUCACUGUUGCGGCCUCUCCCGUUGCGGAGCACAGGCUCGGGACGCGCAGGCUCAGCGGCCAUGGCUCACGGGCCCAGCCGCUCCGCGGCAUGUGGGAUCUUCCCGGACCAGGGCACGAGCCCGCGUCCCCUGCGUCGGCAGGCGGACUCUCAACCACUGCGCCACCAGGGAAGCCCAUGCCUGCUGUAUCUUUUUGUGUGGAAAGAGUGGGUCCAUCCAGAUCUCAAGUCCAUGCUCAUCCCUCUAAGUGAAGCUGGGAUGAAGUACUGGUCAGCUUGGACUUCAGAUACCUAAAAUGUUCCAGCAUUGGUUCCCAAACCCUGCCUGCCCUGCCUACACUUUUGGGUGAAAAACAGAGGGAGUAUGUAUCUCCCCUCUUUCUCCCUUCUCCACAUGGGUGGCCAGUGUUAAUACUCUCUCUAGAUUUCUCUGAUCCUUGGAGAGCCAGGGCCAAAGCAGUCUUAUUUCCCCUUCAUGGCCAGGCUGGGUAACUUCGGGUGACCAAGGGCAAAGUGUAUGUCACUAGGAUCAGUGGGGUGAGGGAAGAACCACCCUAAGAAGGCAAAAAGUGUGUGCAUUAUUUUAUUUAUUGCCUUGCUGAUUGAUUUAUUUAUUUAUGAAAUAUGUAUUUAUCAUACAGCAGAAAAUCUACUCCCAUCUUUGAAGCACCCAGCCCCAGAAUUUGUCUUCUUGGCCCCAUGGGGCACAGUGAAUUAUUUCUUUUAAAUGACAGAAAACAGUGGGGGAAAUUCUCUCCCUCUGCCCAAACACCUCCACCUCAAGCAGAUUUGAACCAGAAGUAGGGUUAGAAACCACCAGCUAGUGAGGCUGUAAAGCCACACACAUCAGCAGAGGCUUGACUGUCCAAAUAGAAGCUCUCAGAAGCCCCUAACCUACCCCCUCAGAUCAGUCCUCCCCUUCUCCUUCUUCAUGUGCAUGAUGGUGACUAGCCACUCAGCUCCAGCCUGACCAUCUCAGAACCAGACUUCUCAAUUGCUCUGGUGCUGUCUUCUUAACUAAUGCCACAUGCACAUUAGAGACACCUGAGGAGCUUACAGAAAACCCAGUUCUGGUCCCCUCCCCAGCUCAUUCCAGCAGAAUCUCUGGGGGUAGCCUGGCCCUGGUAUUUUUAAAAGGUCACGCAGAGGAUUCUAACGUGAGACUAGAGUUGAGAAGCACUUCUAGUGUCUUCUCUCCUUUGCUUCUUCCCACCACCCACAUCCUUCAUCCUUUAUUUCCCAAGCUUUCUUCAGCACCAAGAAUAGGAAAAGGCCAUUGAGGAAUGAUGAGUUCUCUUCCCAUUCCUCCAGCCCUGAACCUUCCCCAUCUCUGACCCUUCCCACUGAACUUUCCCCAUCAGGUCAACCAACCUGAGCAGAUCCCUGGAGAGCUGGAAGGUCCCUCCAGUUGUACAUAGAGGCUGGUGCCUGCACCCAGCCUGGGGGCUGCUCUCAGACAACUUCCAGCUUUUCUCAGAGCAGAAACCUACCCUUUCCCAGAUUCUUUCUCUACUUGCCCUUCCCCCAGGCUCCCAAACUCCAAAGCUGGAGACAUUGAUUCUCCAAAUCCCAAUCCAGAUGGGAAUGCCCGUGCCCAGUCUUUAUAACCCAAGCCCUGGCCAUUUCUGCAGAGCCACCUGAAUUGAAUGCAGGUCUACUGAUAACAGAGAAAGGAGUCACAUUGCCCCAAGCCAGUCCUUUCCCCAAGAAUUGGACAAUCCAUACCCCAGAUGGCUAAUAAG